AUGUCCUUUCGCCUCUCUAGUGGUUCCCGGAGGAUUUGCUCUCGCCCUGGGUCUGUGAGGCUGUCGAGCUGUGGAUCUGGCUUUGGUGCUGGAAAUCCAUGUGGUGGUGGUGGCUCUGGUGUGGGGAGUAGUUUUUCUAGUUCGCUGGUGGGAGCCUCAUCUGGAGGGAGCUAUUGUGGGAACCUCAGUGGGAGCUUGGGAAACGGUGUCUGUGCGGGCUUUCUGGGAAAUGAAAAUGGGCUGCUCUCUGGCAACGAAAAAGUAACCAUGCAGAACCUGAAUGACCGCUUGGCUUCCUAUCUUGAAAACGUGAAGGCUUUGGAGGAAGCAAAUGCAGAUUUAGAACAGAAGAUAAAAGAAUGGUACGAAAAAUUUGGCCCUGGCUCCUGCCGGGGUCUUGAUCAUGACUAUAGCAGAUAUUUUCCGAUAAUUGAAGACCUUAGAAGUCAGAUCAUUUCUGCCACUGCCUGCAAUGCCAAUAUUGUUCUGCAGAACGACAAUGCCAGACUGACCGCAGAUGACUUCAGACUGAAGUAUGAAAAUGAGGUGGCCCUGCACCAGAGCGUGGAGGCUGACAUCAAUGGGCUCCGAAGGGUGUUGGAUGAGAUGACCUUGUGCACCACAGAUCUGGAGAUCCAGUAUGAAACAUUCAAUGAAGAGCUAACUUUCCUCAAAAAGAACCACGAGGAGGAAAUGAAAGUUCUGCAGUGUGCUGCUGGUGGGAAUGUGAGUGUGGAGAUGAAUGCAGCCCCAGGAGUGGACCUCACUGUUCUGCUGAACAACAUGAGAGCCGAGUAUGAAGAUUUAGCUGAGCAGAAUCGCAAAGAUGCUGAAGCCUGGUUCAAUGAAAAGAGUGCAUCACUGCAACAGCAAAUCUCAGACGAUGUUGGUGCAGCCACGGCAGCCCGGAAUGAACUUACCGAAUUGAAACGCAAUCUCCAAACCCUAGAGAUUGAACUCCAGUCUGUCAUGGCCAUGAAACAUUCCUAUGAGUGUUCCCUGGCAGAGACAGAAGGAAACUACUGUCUUCAACUAUCCCAGAUCCAGGACCAGAUUGGGGCCCUGGAAGAUCAGCUGCAACAGAUCCGAACUGAAACUGAAAGCCAGAAGGUGGAAUAUGAGCAGCUCUUAGAUAUCAAGAUCUACUUAGAAAAAGAAAUCGAAACCUACUGCUGCUUGAUCGAUGGAGAAGAAGGAGCCUGCAAAUCUGCAUGUCAGAAAUCAAAAGGUUAUGGAAUGACAAAGUCAGAAAAUCAAGUCAAAGACUCAGCACAAAGCACUGUGGUCAAAACAGUUGUUGAGGAAAGAGAUCCAAAUGGUCCAGUCCUUUCCGUGAAGGUCCACUCGGUUGAAGAAAAGUCUUCUAAGAUAAGCAACAUUACAAUGGAACAGAGGGUGCCUUCUAAAGCACCAUGAGGCUGAUGAAUGAAAAAUUUCAUAGGUGAAGUAACAUACUCCCUGCCAGCUCUCUAAGACCAGAAGUUACAGAGAAGAUGCCAGCCUGCCAGCCUUUUCUAUAUCAGUGAAAUCACCAGUCUGGUCAACCAAAAACAAAAUUAAAAACAAACAAAAAUAACAA